AUGAAUGUCAACGGCAAUAAACCUUUAAAAAUAGCUUUAAUUCACCCUGAUUUAGGCAUUGGUGGUGCAGAGAGAUUAGUAGUAGAUACUGCUUUGGGUUUACAAAAUGAAGGUAAUGAAGUAACCAUUUUUACUUCCCAUUGUGAUUUGACUCAUUGUUUUGAAGAAAUCAAAAAUGGCACAUUAAAAUAUAAAGUGUAUGGUGAUCAUUUACCAACAAGUAUUAAAGAAAAAUUCUUUAUUGUAUGCUCAAAUCUAAGACAACUAUAUUUACUUUGGAAAAUGUAUACAACCGGACAACUACACCAUUAUGAUGUGUUUAUUGUCGAUCAACUCUCUACAUGCGUGCCCUUUAUUCAUAGUUUAACUGAUGCAAAGAUUUUAUUUUACUGUCACUUCCCUGAUCAACUAUUAGCUCAGAGAACAAGUUUGUUAAAGCGCAUUUAUAGAGUCCCGUUUGAUUUAUUAGAACAAUUUACUAUUAGUGCUGCAGAUGAAAUAGUUGUCAACUCCAACUUUACAAAACAAGUGUAUCACAAAGUGUUUCCUUACCUUACAAAAGUACCUUAUGUUAUUUACCCAUGUGUAGAUAUAAAUCCAGAGAUCACUGAUAUGUCUCAAAUUGAUAAUUUUGAUAAGAAAUUAUACCAUAUGUUGGUCCCACAAAAUAUGAAAUAUUAUUUGAGCAUUAACAGGUAUGAAAGAAAAAAAAAUAUUUCUUUGGCAUUAAAAAGUUUUGCAUUAUCUAAUGAAGCUGUUUCGAAUGGUUAUAGAUUAAUAAUUGCUGGAGGAUAUGAUUCAAGAGUCACUGAAAAUGUUGAAUAUUUGAAAGAAUUAGAAAGUGUUGCGCAAGAAUAUAAACUACCAUUUACAACUAUUAAAUAUCAAGAUCUUAUCAAUGAGAAGGAUGAAGAUCCUAAUGAUUUUGAUAAAAUCAAAAUCAGGAAUACUGAUAAAGUUAUUUUCUUAACUUCUAUCUCAUCAAGAUUAAGAGAUUAUUUAAUACAAAAUAUGGAAUUAUUAAUGUAUACACCAGAUAAUGAACAUUUCGGUAUCGUACCUUUAGAAGCCAUGAGAUUUGGUAAACCUGUCCUUGCUUCUAAUUCAGGUGGUCCAUUAGAAACCAUAACCUCAUAUCAUCCAAAUCUAAAUGAAUCUACAACUACUGGUUGGUUAAGAGAGUCAAAUCCAUCGAUCUGGGCAACCGCUAUCAAUGAGUAUAUGGAAGUUAAAAAUCAAAUUGAUUUUAAUCAUAAUAGUCGUGAAAAGGUGAGAAAACAUUUUUCUAGCAAAGUGAUGUCUGACAGUUUUGAAGAAAGUAUUGAGAGAAUUAUACAAAAGGAACGGAUUCAAUACCCAUGGGAAACUGCAUUAGCAUCAAUUUACUAUUUUAGUUUGCAUAUAGCUGCUUUAUACCUUUUCCCUAAUCAAUAUUGGCCAUACUUGAUCCUUGUGGGAUAUGCUGGUAUCUGGAGGAAAAAUUAUUUUUGGGCAUGUUAUUAUGCAUUUAUUAUCAUCCUAUUCUCAAUGUCAUUAGAAUAA